GUGUGUGUCCAAGCUGAUGAGGGUGCAGGAAUCUAUUGGCUGCAGGCUCCAUUCAACACUGUCCAAUAGCAUCUUUAGAGAGGGCGCGAGAGGGAGCGACAGAGUAGAAAGACAGAGAUGGGAAGAGAGAGGGAGAUGUGAACGUCGUGUUUUUGUUAUUCAUUAACGAUCAUCACGUACAGUACCGUAUUCAGUUGUUGCGGGGUUCGGAAAAUAAACACGUAGGCUAUUCCCGGGAGCUCACGGCAUCGGUGGAAUUUACCCCAGGCACGUCGCUGGCGCACGAGGCUCUGCAGUCCGGGACACACGGUCCCGGGAUUUCUCUCACAGCUCUACUGUCCCCACUCUCCCUCUUCUCUUUUCUUCGCGGUGAGGGAUGAAAUGCUCUUCCAGCUGACAUUUUGACCGCAGCAGCCGCAUGAACAGACCAAUGGAGCUAUGACGUGUGUGUCGGCAGAACAGUGUCACUGUACGGAGAGAACCGGGAGGUGAGUGGCUGACCCAGGGAGGAGAGAGAUAUUCUGAGACACACACAAAAAAACUGUCCAUCGCUGUUUGAGUGUGUGCUAGACUCCCAGUCGGAGUCCUGAUCUAAACCGAACGCCAACGCUCCCACCGUCCCUCCCACAUAUCUCCCCCCACCCCUCUACCCUCUCUCCCCUCCUCUCUACUGUGUGUCCUCUCCAUGCUCCUGUCCCUGUACAAACUGAGGGGCAUCCUCCCCCCUCUCCUCUCCCUUGUCCUGUACCUCCCCCCUGCUGCUAGCCAGUCAGUCAUCACCACAUCCCAGGGCAGACUGAGGGGUCAGUUGACCCCCCUGCCCUCUGACCUGCUGGGCCCUGUGGUCCAGUACCUGGGGGUCCCCUACGCCCGUCCCCCCACCGGGGAGAGACGCUUCCAGCCCCCUGAGCCCCCCCUGUCCUGGCCGGGGGUGAGAAAUGCCACCCAGUUCUCCCCCGUUUGCCCCCAGCCUGUAGAGGAACAUAGGCUGCUGACAGAGAUGUUACCUCUCUGGUACUCUGCCAACCUGGACAUAGCCAGCGCAUACCUGGCACAGCAGAGUGAAGACUGUCUCUACCUCAAUAUAUACGUCCCUACUGAGGAAGACAUCCAUGAUGAGGGCGGUCUGAGGCCGGUGAUGGUGUAUGUCCACGGAGGUUCCUACUCCGAGGGGAGCGGCAGCAUGAUGGACGGCAGUGUCCUGGCUAGCUAUGGAAACGUCAUCGUCAUCACAAUCAACUACAGGCUGGGAGUACUGGGUUUCCUCAGUACGGGCGACCAGGCAGCUAAAGGCAACUAUGGUCUGUUGGACCAGAUCCAGGCUCUGCGAUGGGUCAAGGAGAACAUUGCUGCAUUCAGCGGAGACCCAGACAGAGUCACUGUGUUUGGCUCUGGGGCUGGAGCCUCCUGUGUCAGCCUGCUAACUCUGUCCCACUACUCUGAGGCAUGCUGUGUAUCAGAUCUGUUCCAGAAGGCGAUCAUCCAGAGUGGGACAGCCCUGUCCAGCUGGGCGGUCAACUACCAGCCAGGGAAGUAUGCAAGGCUGCUGGGGGACAAAGUGGGCUGCAACAUGGAGGACUCCUCAGAGCUGAUUGCCUGCCUGCAGGGGAAGACCUACCAGGAGCUGCUGGAACAGAACAUCACCCCAGCUAAAUACCACACCGCCUUCGGACCUGUCAUCGACGGUGAUGUCAUCCCUGAUGACCCCCAGAUACUCAUGGAGCAGGGGGAGUUCCUCAACUAUGACAUUAUGCUGGGUGUGAACCAGGGGGAGGGGCUUCAGUUCGUUGACGGGAUAGUCAACAGUGAGGAUGGCGUCUCUGGCGACGAUUUUGACUUUGCCGUGUCAGACUUCGUGGACAGUCUCUACGGCUACCCGGAGGGGAAGGACACGUUGAGAGAGAGCAUCAAGUUCAUGUACACAGACUGGGCCGACCGGGAGAACCCUGAAACCCGGCGGAAGACGCUAGUCGCUCUGUUCACUGAUCACCAGUGGGUGGCGCCGGCGGUGGCCACAGCAGACCUCCACGCCCAGUACGGAUCGCCAACAUACUUCUACUCCUUCUACCACCACUGUCAGAGUGACGUGUCGCCCGCCUGGGCUGACUCCGCCCACGGAGAUGAGGUGCCGUAUGUGUUCGGUCUGCCGCUGAUCGGACCCACGGACCUCUUCAAUUGUAACUUCUCUAAGAACGAUGUGAUGCUCAGCGCCGUGGUCAUGACAUACUGGACCAACUUCGCCAAGACAGGAGAUCCUAACCAGCCAGUGCCCCAGGACACCAAGUUCAUCCACACCAAACCCAACCGCUUUGAGGAGGUGGCCUGGGCCAAGUACACCCCCAAGGAACAGCUGUACCUGCACAUCGGCCUGAAGCCACGCGUCAGAGACCACUACAGAGCCACCAAAACAGCGUUCUGGCUGCAGCUGGUGCCCCACCUCCACAACAUCAACGAGUUGCUGCAGUACGUAUCGUCUGCAACCCACAGCCCUCCCCAGGACACAACCCCUCACUCCUACACCAAACGGCUGUCUAAAGGCCUGGGCUUGGGGAGCACGCGCCACCCCAACCCCCCGGCCACGCCCCAGGCUCCAGCCCUGCAGGGGGAGGAGCUGCAGGUCCCCCACCCCGUCAUGGAGGACUACUCUACUGAGCUGAGCGUUACCAUCGCAGUGGGAGCCUCGCUCCUCUUCCUCAACAUCCUGGCCUUCGCCGCUCUGCUCUACAAGAAGGACAAGCGCAAGAUGGAACACCGCAGGCCACCACGCCCACCUCCACGCCAUGACAUCAUCAAUGCUGACAUCACACACCAGCUGCAGGGGGAGGGGCUUCUGAAGCAGCUGGAGGCUGAGGCUCUGCACCAACACAACACCCUGGAGAUACACGACACACACAACAUACACCACACGCUGGAGGCUCUGGACACGCUGGACACACAGGACAUCUACAACACUCUGGACACCCUGCGACUGACCUGUCCACCUGACUACACCCUGACCCUGAGACGCUCCCCUGACGAUGUGCCCCUGAUGACUCCCAGGUCCCUGCCCAUGACCCCUGGCUCUCACCCCGCCACCCCCAUGACCCCCAUGACACCUGGCUCUGUUGUGGGGGUGCAACCCAUGCAGGGCUUUAGUCCUUACAGUAACACACACCUGCCCCAUACACACACGCACACACACCCCAACACACACACACACUCCACCACACGCGUAUAACCACAGACAUAGAUGGACCAGGACAGUUUCUCCAGUCCAACUAAGACGACGAUUCAGUCUGCCGUGUUGCAUGUGUAGAACACUGAGGGAGUGGAAGUGAUGAACUCUGGGAGAGGAAGUAAUGUGCAUCAGUAAAUGAAACAUUAUAAAUGGGAACAUCCAAAAUGGCUGCCAAUAUGGUCCAUACAUCAUGGAAACAUUGCUUGUCUAUAAGCUGCAUCAAAAAUGGUUUGUGUUGCCGUGUGACUUGCCCUGGAGCGGGGCUUCUGUGAUGUCCAGAUCAGAUCAGACUACUGAAAGAACCCCUCUGGGAACAACUUGAAGAACCUGUGAAAUUUGAAUGUAGAAUCUUUCAAUUGCAAUGAAAUCCUUCAGAGGAUCAACGUUCCCUGCAGCUCUGUGCUCAGCCUGGCCAUGGAUGUGGUCUGAAGGAUAGGAACAGACAGACAGAGAGAACA